GUAAAAUUCUUGGGAAAAUAAGUGCUUGAAAAAAUAUAAAUAAAAUAAGAAAAAUGGCAUCACCGAUGGAAAAGGAUGACCUCGUGAAUUUGAAGAGCUUCAUUGAGUUCGUGGACUCAAAUCCUACGGUGCUGAAUGUGCCUCAGCUUAAAUUUGUCAAGGAUUUUAUUGAGAAGUUUGGCGGCCAGGUGCCGGCUGGCGACUUCAAGAUGCCCGACGCCGCUGCAGGCGGAAAAUGCCCAUUCGGCGGCGAUGCCGGUGCCAAAUCGAAACCGGCCGGUGCUGGUGUCUCGACCCCAGACUCCGAGGGAGUCAGCAUCGAUUCCGAUGCUAGCGAAAAUGACGAGUCUGCAACGGAGUCCGAGUCCGAUGUUGAGCUGGAUAUGGAAGGCGUUAUACAGCCAGACCUUGACCCGGCCCAGCCCAUGGGCGACUCUGCCAAAGAGGUCACCGAAGAGGAGAUAGAACAGGCCGGUGAUGUGCGCGGCGAGGCCGCCAAGGCCUACGGUGAACAAAAGUUCGAGGACGCUAUCGGCCUCUACACCAAGGCCAUUGAGCUGAAUCCAGGCAAUGCCUUCUACUAUGCAAAGCGCGGCCAGGCUUUCCUCAAGCUGAAGAAGCCCAAUGCCUGCAUCCGUGACUGCGAUAAGGCCCUUGAGCUGAACUGCGACUCUGCGGCCGCCCACAAGUUCCGUGGUCGCGCCCAUCGCCUUUUGGGCCAGUUCGAGGAGGCCGCCAAGGAUCUACGCCAGGCUUGCAAGCUGGACUUUGACGAGGAGACCGAUGAGUGGCUGCGCGAGGUCACCCCAAAUGCAAAGAAGAUCGAGCAGCAUCGUGUCAAGCAGGAGCGCAAGCAGGCCGAGCGCAAAGUUAAGGAUCGUCUGCGUGCCCAGAAUAAGGCACGCAAAGAGCAGGAUAAACAAAAGGCCUCGGCUGGUUCGACAGGCGGAGCUGCUGGGGGCUUCCCUGACGGUUUUCCUGGCUGCUUUCCCGGUGGUUUCGCUGAAAGCGGCAUGUCCGGAGGUCCUAAAAUGGCCGAAAUGCUGGGCCUAAUGAAGGACCCUGAGGUGGCUGCCGCCAUGCAGGACAUUCUUGCUAAUCCGGCCAACAUUUCCAAGUAUGUGUCCAACCCGAAGAUCAUCAACUUGAUGAAGCAGGUUUUCCCGGGCUUCGACCCAAACGGAGCUGGUCCCUUUGGCCCAGGAGCCGCCUUUGGCCAGGAGAAAGAGGAAAAAGACACGCCCAGUGAUAGCAGCGAGCCGAAGACCAAAAAGGAUUCGGCGGACUUUGUCGACGAUGGCCUCGACUAAGGGUAAAGGUCAGUUUUGGAGCAGGGGAAUGUGUUGUAGCGGCAAAAACAGAAACAGAAACAGAAAUAUCCAAAAACAAGAAGAAAGGAAGGAAGACACGCAUAUAUGUACACACACACAGCAAAAUACAUAGAAGACACACACAUAUACACAUACAAUCACACACCAGCACACCACACACGAGACAGAGCAGGAUGGCAUCACAUGAGAAAUGCCAAGCCGCUAGCGCUGCCCUUGCGCGCUGGCUGGCUGCUCGCUCGGAGUUUAAUUUUUUUUUGAUACAAGUUUUUCGUAUGCCAUACCGCCAUACCUAAAGAAUGAACAGGGCGAAUAGAUUGUUUCCCCUAUUGACAACAACACAACAACAACACAUUCUUUAAAGAAACAACAACAAAGCGAAAAAAAAACUGUCGAUCGAUCUAGUUCAACUAACGCUCGAUAGGAAGAAGUCCAAAACGAAAGCAAUUACAUAUAAUAUAAAUUAGCCUUAAUUAUUGCUCCCACACACGACACUCACACACAGCAACAGCCAGAGCAGCAAAAGGUGAAAAUGAACAAAGGAAUAAAACAAACAAACGGAUGUAGGACGAAACAAGAUUUGUUAGACAAAAUUGUACUGAAAGUAGGAUUUGAUCAAUAAUUGUACUAAGCAAAUGCAUUUAGCAUACAAUACACCAUCACCACCACAAGCUCUCAUACAACCCACCCACCACAUCGGAAUGCGCUCACAUUCAGCCACUCAUAAAAAGCACACUCAUACAUAUGCAAAAACACAUUCAAUACAUCAUAUACAUGCGCCUAUUCACAUGUCAAACAUUCAUCAGCGAGAUCAAUGGAAAUAAAACAUUUGAGAACC